CCGUUCCAGGAUCUCGUCAAGAGCCACCUGAUGUACGCCGUCAGAGAGGAGGUGGAGGUCCUGAAGGAGCAGAUCAAAGAGCUCAUCGAGAAGAACAGCCAGCUGGAGCAGGAGAACACCCUCCUGAAGACCCUGGCCAGCCCGGAGCAGCUGGCCCAGUUCCAGGCACAGCUGCAGACCACCCCUUCGCCUGCCUCCUCUCAGCCGCAAGGGACAGGGCAGCAGCUGCCCCAGCCGCCACUACCCGGCUCAGGACCUUCGGCGUAGCUGGGAAACCUCCCUGCCAAAAUGCACCGGACUCUGCCCAGGCGGGACUGCCAGGCGGGACUGCCCACACUACUGCAUGCUCCCUCCCCAUUGUGAAGCCUCUUCUCUGCCUGGCACCCAGCUGCCCCGGAAGGGGUCUUGUUUUCUUUCCCAGUAUCUAAGGUGUUCUCUUGGGGUGUGGGAGGAGCCACAGCGCUUUCAGACAGGCUUGCUGGUGGGGGCGGGGGCGCAGAACUGCCUGGGGAGCCGGCACAGACAGAGGGGCCCUGGAGUUGGCGGCAGCAGCUAAGAUGCAUCUCCUUGAGAACUUCCCUCUGUCUUCUGGAGCCGCAGAGAACGGGAGUGGCAGUGCUGUGAAGCGUGGAAAUAUGAAGGAGUGGGGGGGGGGGUGGGAAUGAAGACCCACCCACACCCCCUUUAGCAUUCCACCCAGGAGUCAAAGCGUUGACUACUGAGAAGGACCUCCGAGGAGGGGAGGGAGGACGAAAGUCUGCGGUUGAUGCCUACGACCUUAAAAUGCAAACGUGCACUUAAUUGUUUUUCUGUAGUCAAGGAAAUGUGUUCCAAAGUGGUGUUUCUAGGAGGAGAGCAGGUAUGUGACACAUUGGCUGUGACGUAUAUAGGAUCGUAAAAAUGAAGGUUUAUUUGCUUAAUGUAUAUUUGUGUAUGUAGUGUAAUUACUUUGUAAAAUAGGAACUGUAACUACUCAGUAAAUUGUAUAGAGUGAAUUCCAAAGGGUGAACUGAACAUGUUUGGGGAGGGUUUUUUAUUUUAUUUUUGAUGCUACACGAAUAAGAUUUGCACCCACGUGGCUCUUAAAAACUGGCUGGUUGUUCUCUGUGCAAAGCUCUGAAAAUGUUCUUGGAUCUGAAUAUCUUGAAGCCAAAUUAGUUCAGGUUCAAGCUGGGGUGACCAGCCACUACAGGAAAUGAUCAGGCUCACUAUGGUUGGGGGUUUUUUUGUUUUUUUUGGUGUGUGCAUAUGAUCUCUAUAGUAGUAUGCAUACAUUUCUGUGCAUGUUCUUUGGGGAAGAAAUAAAUUGUAAAACAUCAGUAUAUUUAACUAUUGCACUUCUCAAGUUCCAAUAAAGCAUCAAAUGUUGAUUAGA